AUGCCCUUAAGGCCGCUGCCGCGCCCCUGGCUGGCGCAAUCCCUGUUGGCCGCCGCCGCCACAGCCGCCGCCUUCGACCUGCCAUUCGGCGUUCCCGACCACGUCAGUCGCACCGGCCUCCACAUCUUCCAGCCAGACAACUUGUUGCUAAAAAGUAUCACCCUAAGUAAUCCAGCAUUCACGCACCACGAGGAAGCAGACGAGCCAGGGGAACCCAUCUCUGACGAGGAGUUCGCGCUGUCCGCCACCUCUGCCGCAGCGCUGCAGGAGCCGCCACUGGACGACGGCUCCCCGGACCCCAUCCUUGCUGCGGGGCUCUUCGAGGGCGACAUCGCUGGGGUCUCCCCGGAGGACGUUCUAGAGGACCCGGAUGCCGCCUACCACGACGGAUCGACGCGGCGUUGGGAGGGUGGCGUGGUGCCCUACGUCAUCUCUGCAGCCUUCACGGGCGACGAGCGGCUGCAGGUGGCGGCGGCCUUCCGGGAGUUCCACGAGCUGACGUGCGUGCGCUUCGUGCCGCGCACCGGGCACACCAGCUACGUGCACCUCCGCAAGGGCGUCUGGUGCAGCAGCCUGAUCGGGCGCGUGGGCGGCGAGCAGACGGUGAGCCUGGGUCCCGGCUGCGUGUACAAGGGCGUCGUGCAGCACGAGCUGAUGCACGCCCUCGGCUUCUGGCACGAGCACAGCCGCUCAGACCGCGACGCCUACGUCACCGUGCUGCUGCACAACGUUAGGCGAGGUUAUGAGUCCCAGUUCCAGAAGCAUGGUUGGCACAUAGCACAAAGCCUCGGCCUGCCGUAUGACACUGGCUCGCUGUUGCACUACGGGAGGCUGGCAUUCUCGCGCGACGGCCGCUCGCCCACCAUCGUGCCCAGGGACCCACGAGCCGCCAUCGGCCAGCGGCUAGGCUUCAGCGAGGUGGACGUGGCCAAGAUCAACCUGCUGUACGGCUGCCGCAACACGCUGGUGAGGCGGCCCACGCCGCCCACGCAGCCGCCCCCGCGCCCUGUCUGCGCCGGCAGCGACCGCUUCUGCAACCAUUGGGCGCGCUUCGAGCAGUGCCUGCGCCUUCCCUUCUGGAUGAAGCUGCGGCUCGUAAGAGACACUGUCGAGUCAUGUCGUGUUGCAGGCGUGGCGGCGGACCGGGCAUGCGCCGACGAGAUCGAGGAAUGCGAGCGCUGGGCACAGCAGGGCGAGUGCGCGACCUCCGCAGACUACAUGGCCGCCUUCUGCCCCGCCGCCUGCGGCACCUGCUGGCUCCCGCCCGCAUGCACCACAAACAUGACGCUCUAUGCAUAG